AUGUGUGCUAGAAACAAAAACACUAACAAAGGCACUUUUUACACACAAGAGCAGUCUGUCUGGGCUCCAGACCUGAUACAGCUGCUAUGCCUUGAACUUGACUUCAGGCUAAAAGUUUCUCAGGCUGAUGAAAAGAGUUUCCCAUUUUCCAACGGCGCCUAUUCUCUUGCAUACGGAGAUACCUCAACGAGAGCGAAGUUAAGAGAGACAGGUAUUUGGAAACAAAACCGGUCGCUACUCUUUACGUAG